AUGAAAACCUACUCGCAGGAAGAAUUGAAUCUGGCCCAAACGUAUAGCCAAAUCUGUCCUGCCGGUGCCGCGAUGGCUUUGACUAGCAAGGCAACUGGCACCCUAGCACCUUCCAAAGAUCAGCUCCGUUACAACAAGUCUCCCACUUCUAACAAACAUGUAUCCCAAUCCCAGGCUCUUAUCGAGUACCUCAGGGAGCAAGUAUCUUUGAAGAAGAUGAGAUUCGUUGCAUUGUAUCACGAGGUCACUGAGACAAGUUUGCUAACCAUUUCAAAGGCCAGCAUGAAUAGGAGGGCUCAACAGAUGAACAAUGAGGGUGUCUUUGAUGAGGACCUGGAACAAGCUCAAGAUAUACAGCUCACCUAUGAGGACUCCAGUUCCACUGUCCAGCAGCUGAGACUUAAGUCAGCUGCAGAGAAGGUUGGUAUUGCAGAGGCACUAUUGGCCAUGAAGCAAGAUAUGCAAGUGGGCAAAAAGGUGUUCCUUGCUUGUGCCUGGUGCACUGAAGAAGAGAGAAAACUGUUUCAGAAGUAUCCAGAAGUUCUUAUGGUUGAUGUAACGUUUCAAACAAACAAUCAGGGAAGGCCUCUGUUUACAAGUUGCUCACCAGGCAGGGACAUGUUCUUCUUCACACCAUUAAGGGCCUACUUACCUUCCCAAUGUAGAACACCAGCCCAAAGCUUACCCAAAUGCCAUUCAUGGAUUGUGCAUUUACAUCUUGUGACCAAACCACUGGCUGAAGCUGGAAGUAAAUUGGUAGGGAAGGAUGAUCCCUUUGUAUUGAAUCAAAUCGAGACUUUCAAAAGAUGGGUCUUUACCUGGAUGUGUCUUGGAGGAAUUGAGACUGAUGAGGAAUUUGAAAUCUCACAUAGAUUGUUGGUCCAGUGGCUGAAGGCAUUUCGCAAUGAUGAUGCGACCGAAAGAGCCUCUGAGGACCUCAAGCACAACUCUUACCAUUUGGAGCUCGAGCUGAUCCGAAUCAUGAACCACAAGAGCCGUUGGUACUUUCCAAGUAGACGCCACCAGGGUAUUGGACAUUAUCCAAUCCAAAUUGAAUUUCCAAUGUGGGCGCACGCAAAGGCUUGA